AUGGACCUCCAGGAAUCUCAAGCUCAGCUGCAUGACUCUCAGCAGCAAAUUCAAGAAUCUCAUAAUCGCUUUCACCAGGAUCUGAAUCGAUUGAUUGAACUACAGCAGAACAACUGUGGAGUAUUGGGGUCCGGUCCGUUGACGGGGCCCACUACAGGUGGAGAAAAUUCCAGAUCUAGACAGGUCAAAUUGGAUUUUCCACGUUUCUCCUCUGGAGAUCCCACCACGUGGAUCACAGCAGUUGAGAGGUAUUUUGCGUUUUACCAAGUCCCUCUUCCAGAUCACUUGAAUUUAGCAGCAUUUCAUCUUAAUGAACCAGCUGCAAGUUGGUUUUAUGGUGCGGAUCAAAAUGGCCUAAUGCCUGAUUGGCGAACAUUUUGCACUGCGUUGCUGCGUCGUUUUGGUUCGUCUGAAUUUGAUGAUCCAGCUGGAGCGUUGGUGAAAAUCCAACAAACGGGAUCAGUUCUGGACUACCAAUCCUCUUUCGAGAAGUUGGUGAGUAAGGUCUCAGGUUUAUCUGCCACUUUGCUUUGCAGUAUUUUUAUCUCAGGUCUUAAACCACACAUCUGUCGUUCUGUUUUAACCCUCAGACCUGUGGAUUAUCAUGAAGCCUUUUCGUUAGCCAGAGUCUUUGAAGAUCAAGCUACUGAUCAAAAAUUUAACCAUGCCUGGAAAUCUGCUCCUAAAACAGUAAAUUCCCUACAACUUACCCCUGCAACCAAUAGUAAUCCUAUUCUAGCCAUACCCAUCUGUCGUUUGUCCCAAUUGGAAAUGCAACAGAGGAGGGAGAAGAAUCUUUGCUAUCAUUGUGACGAAAAAUAUUCUUUCGGGCACAAGUGCAAGGGCCGUCCAACACUGUUAUAUCUGGAAAGUGAUGAUGAUAAUCCUGAUCCUGAACCCUUACCGGUGAUAGACGACAAUUCGGUUUCUGAAGUGACACUUGAAAUCAGCUUCAAUGCCUUAUUUGGCCAUCGUAGUUCAAGAUCUUUUCGUCUUACAGGCACGAUCAAAGGCAAACAAGUCCAAAUCCUUGUGGUUGGGGGAAGUACACACAAUUUCAUUACUGAUCGUAUGGCUUUGUUUCUUGGUUUAACAUUGCAUCACAUUAACCCUUUCCAAGUGCAGGUGGGAAAUGGUGAAGCUCUUCAAUGUACAGCUUCUUGUCUUGAAAUUUCCUUGAAUUUGCAAGCCCAUGCAUUCGUUGUGGAUCUGCUUGUGCUUGAUCUCAAAGGUGCGGAUGUAGUUUUGGGUAUCCAAUGGUUGGAGACUUUGGGCCCUAUUAUAACUGAUUAUGCCCAGAUGACCAUGUCCUUUACCCACAGUAAUUCCACUAUUACCCUACACGGUGACUAUUCCAUUUCACCCACCCAAAUAUCUAAUGCACAACUCCACAAAUUAGUAUCCCAAGAUUCGGUGUCUUCUUAUUUCAUGUGCCUUGACAGUACCGACACUACAAAUACACCAAAACCUUCCCACCUACCACCGCCACCGAUUCAACAACUCCUCACCCAAUUCCAAGAUAUAUUCAAUACUCCCCAAUCCUUACCCCUUGACCGUAAUACCAACCACCACAUUAAUCUGAUUCCUCACUCCAAACCCAUACAAGUCCGUCCCUAUAGAUAUCCACACUUCUUGAAAACAGAGAUUGAAAACAUGGUGAGCGAGAUGUUAAAUACUGGAGUGAUACGACCCAGCCAAUCUCCUUUUAGUUCCCCAGUUCUUUUGGUGAAGAAAAAGAUGGCACAUGGAGGUUUUGUGUUGACUACCGAGCGUUAA